UUACCUUGUAAGAAAGGAUUCCUCCUUUCUAGCUCCUCCUAGCAACAAUAGAAGCAAAGUCUCUCCAGUUCCCACCCACUACUCUAAUCUCACAUGCUGAUGCAUCCUCCUAAUCCAAUCUCUUGAACCUUUAAAACCAGAAGAAAAUUAAUAGUAAUAAUUGCAGGAAGACCCCAAGCUCUCUCCUCUCCUUCCCCUUCCCAUUCCAAUUCCAAGAACAGGCCAGCGGAGGAGGGGAGAAGCCCAAGUCAACCAGGUCAGGUACGAUGUGUCCAACGACGAGGCCAGCGUUUGUGCUUGCACUAGCUAUAGCCUUAACAAACGAGGUUGCUGAGAGCAGAGAUUUUAAUAUCUUGGCUCAGAAUGGCUUGCCUGAUGCAGCCAAGGGACCAGGGCUAACUGCAGCCAGUGGGAAGUUGUGUCAAUUAUGUGAGCAAUACUCAACUGAAGCAUUGCUCUACCUCAAACAAAACGAAACCCAGACUGAGAUUCUUAGCAUUCUACACCAUGAAUGUGCAAGCCUUGCCCCUCUGAAACAGCAGUGCAUCACGCUGGUCAACUACUACGUACCCCUUUUCUUCUUGGAGGUUUCAAUGGUUAACCCUGAAAAAUUCUGUGAAUCAGUUCACCUCUGCAAGCAGGGAAUGAAGAUUAGCUUACCCACUCGGGAGGGUACUUGUGGUUUAUGCCAUCACGUUAUUGUUGAAGUUCUUGUCAUGCUUAAAGACCCCAACACGCAGCUUGAGGUUAUCGACCUACUCCUCAAAACAUGCAGCAAGGCGCAGAACUAUGAACAGCAGUGCAAGCGGCUGGUCCUCAAGUAUACCCCGCUGAUUCUGGUCAAGGGCCAGAAGUUCCUCGAGACGAACGAUGUCUGCUCUGCGAUACAUGCAUGCAGAACAGGCACGCAAGCAUCAAUGGAGAACAUACCUCUAUCUGCCACUCUGUGAAGACGAUGUGAAUCAGUAUAAGGCUUAUCUGCCUAGGAAAUCAAAUUGGAGAGAAAAGAUGAAUGUCAGGUCGGAUGACUAUCGGAACUCUUCUUCUCUAGUGCUGAAACUGUAUUGAUUGGUUAAAAAUUCGACGUGCUGAAAUCAUUGGGGUAAAUUUGGAGCCUUAUCCACUGUUCUGUAAACUAUAAACUGAGCGCCUGCAGCCAUCUUCGGCAUUGGAUUGAGAAGGUGUAAGAGAUUAUUAUAUAGUAAUGUAUCAUCUAUUGUUUGUAACUACCGAGAAUUAAUUCAGUGUUGCUGUCAAAUGUUCUGUAA